AUGGCACCCCCUCGUCUUGAUCGCGCCGUUAGAGUGAGGAAGCUUGCCAGGAAUACUGGACAGCCUGUCCUUACAGAGGAUGAGAUUGAUUCCGCAGAAUACCAGGCUCUGUUAAGUCAAUAUAAUGUCGGGACUGGAACGGCAAAUGGGGUUGAAUCUGGGGAGGCCGAGGAAUUCCAUCUCCAAGCUGCGUUAAGGUCUGCAACCAAUGCGAGUGCCAAGGAGGCCGAGGAAAUCCCGGCACCCCCUACUGCUGAAGCAGCCAACAUUGAUUAUGACUCUCUGUAUCCGUUAGUCUUUGUGAGGCCUUUCACAUACAUUCGCUUCUCUGAGACUGUAGAGGAAUGCACUGCAUGUCAAUAUGACAUGAAUACUGAGGAUGACCUCUUCCUUAAAGCAUAUAACCGCAGCAAAAGUCCUGCCAAGCAGUGUUCGGAAGACGUUUUUGAGCAAAUCAUGGAAUUCUUCGAGGCAAGGCAGAAAGCUAGCGCGCCGGCUGGCUGGCUAGAUGGUACCGUACUGUCAUACGUACACAUGAAAGGUGACAUAGACCGAGCCGUGGCCCGAAAGUCACUGGAUUCACGGAUUGGUGUCUUUGCUCAGGAUAUCUACGCCCACUGGAAAACCCGUAGAGAGGCCUCUGGGAAUCAACCACUUCAGCCACUCGCCAAAGAAGAAACUGAUCAGAAGAAAGAUGAGAGUGAUCCGUAUGUCUGCUUCAGAUAUCGUGAUGCACGGGAGAAAAGGAAGACCAGGGCAACCGCACGCGAAAGUCCCAAUGCGAAAAAGAUAUCUGAUCUCCGAAAAGAGUUGGAAGAUGGAAAGAAGCUCGUAGAGUUGAGCCUUGAAAGAGAGAUUCUCAAAUUGAAAAGCUUGAGAAUGGAUAAAGAAAUUUUCGAACUUCGGGUCGACGUCAAGGAGCAGAAAAUAAAACUCGGCAUCAAGACUGACGAUGAAGACCUCAUCAAUCAAAGGCCCCAGAAGAGAAAGAUCAGUGACUUCAAUCAGGUGCAACGUCAAUCAGGUCAGCCAUUGCGCAUGCCUGGUAGACCCGAUGGCAGGCCUCUAGAGGCGGAUCUCGUCUUACUUAGUGAUUUGCAAGAGCGAAAAGAAAAUGCCCUACGGGCAGAACUUGAAGAUAAAGCGCAAGCACACCGCAAAUGGAACAUACACCAUAUCGACUUAACACGAGAGCCGUUGUCUCCCGUUGAAGGUCAAGGCUUCGAAGCUAGUUUCCGUCCUGCAAUGGCACAAUAUGAAAAUCUGACUCCUCCAACGUCUGAGAGAUCUGGAUCCGGGAAUGACUCCGAUCGCCCCUUUCCCACGCAAGAGAAGCCAGAGGUCGUACGUUUGCGGUACGCCACUCCACCGGAGGAGGAUGAACCUCGGAGACAACAAUCUUAUCGAAGACGAAUCGGUAGAAAUGGCCGGCAAUGGAUUGACCGUAGAGGCAUGGCACCCAUGGCCCAAGGAAUGGAUCCCGUGGUUUCGGAUCGGUGGAAGUACGAUUCGGAUGACGAAAAUGAACAACCCGUAUACGAAGUAGACCCUUACAGCACAGAUGCGCUCAAAUUCCGUGCCUCAAUCCCGAUCCCAGGCAAUCUGCUCCAAAAUGGCGCUCGUCGAGACGAGAAGUCGAUUCCGCAGGCCCGGGCCAAUGGCUCCAGCCCAAUAAAUCGAACAGCGAUUGCAGCUGCUCCGCAAGCGCAGUCGCAGCCUCCAUCACAGCCGCAGCCGCAGGCACGCACUUGA